CUAUCCACAACCAUCCAAACCUUCUCCAUCUUUCCUCAUUCUCUCCCUCACCACCCUUGAUCACUUCAUCCUUGCUGCAAUUCAAACAGUCUUUGGGGUCUACUCUUUGAACUCACUCAAAGACAUCUGAUAUUCUCAAUACUUUGCCUUCCCUAUUCACUUCGUCUAAUACCGAACAUAGAAACUGCUGGACAGUACCAUGGCUCCUCGACCAAUCCUCUACCCACUCAAGACCUCGAAGAGCGUGACCUUCCCAUCACAACUUCAAGACAACGCCCCUCAUCGAUCUGAUAUGGAUCAGCAUGAGCCAGGAAGUGGGCCUUUAGUCCCCCCUCCACGCGCAUAUAUGGAGUUUCUCAGGGCUCUACGCCCGGCUUACUCGGGCCCCGAAGGUAUCAAUGGAAGCUACACAAGAUGGGUGAGGAGCAGGGCUCUACCAUCACCUGUCUCGAUGCCUCCCACUGCUAGAAGCGCAACCUUUCCUCCUGGAAGUGUACCCAAGUCUAGUCCUACUUCAAUUCCCCCUACACCACGUGGGCCUCCGCGAUCAGCAAGGGAGCCUAUCUCUGCACGCCACCUCCGCGCUUCACCACAGUACCCGUACUCCCCAGCAACAACUGAAUCCCCACAGAGUCCUUUCACUCUAAGAACACCCUUUUCACCAGCAGAUUGGAGGGGAAGGUAUAUUGAGAGCUCAAGUGAUUCGAAUGGAAGAACCAUUACCAUACAACAUAUUGUUACACACACUGUCAAUCUCAAGCGCGCGCCUUCACUUGAACCCCCACCAAGGGGCAAACGCAGAAGGACCAACGAAUCCCAGGAGCGCUAAGAAUACGCUACGACGACCAUGACUUAGACGGAUUUGAUGUCUUUGCGCUUACGGAGUUUGGAGGAUCGUAUCCAAUUUUGCUGGUGUAUAUUUCUCAUUUAUUGCACUGCUAAGUCUCUGUUAUCCCAGCAUAUGGCUGUUCUUGCUACAUCUUAUUGUUACUCUGUUUAUGUUUUGUUAUUACUCGGUGGGAAUCAUCGCAUAUGGAGCUUGUUUUGGCAUUGACAUCUACUAGAGGGGUUAGCAUCCACCUUACGGCGGUCUGGUACUGCCUGUGGCGGAAGGAAUGGAGUUGGAGCAUAGUGUGUAGUUCUGUUUGUGUUGGGAAAAAGAAAGGCCUCGUUUACAAUUGAGUGGCUAGUACAUGUUUAGGAUAUCCUUUGUCAAUUAUGUUUGGUUCAGCGGCAUCUAUUGUUCUCAGUUAGGCUUGCAAUGUUACCCAAUUAAAC